ACAGCAAACGCCGGGCCACCAUACACGCGCAGUUCUAUGCCAGCAUAUUUCUCUACCUCAUUCCUAACAAUAACCGUUACCCUGGAACUGCUGACCAGAACAACGGUUUUAAAACAGAACACAGUAAUCAACACAGAAGAUGCAGUGUGGCAACUUGUGAUAUUGCUCAAGAAAAUUGUGGAACUGGUUUGUGCACCGAGAAUCUCUACAGCUCAAGAAUCAUGGAGACAGUAGAUGAUGCCAUAGCUGCCUACAUAAGAUCAGUUUUGCCCAGCGUCAUAUCCCAGCAGUCACUCGUUGGCACACUCAAAGACCUUGGUGUGGAAACACUUGAAGACUUGAAGUAUGUUCAAGAAGCAGAUCUCUCUGACGUCCUUAGACCAACUGAAGCAAGAAUGCUGAUUUCCAGAUUUAAAGUGUGGAGUGAUGAGUCUGCCCACAGCGAGGCCACUAAAGACAACUUUGCCAGUGGGACUUCAAAUCCAAGUCCUGUCAGAUUCUCUCCAAGCUGUCAGGCUGUCAAUGCUGGAAAUGUUGUAGACUCUGCAAGUUCUUCUUAUGCUGACACUCCAUCUUCCAAGUCAAGCUUGUGUUCCACACAAAGCAGUAAGUCACAUGAAGACCACGACUGGCACCAUGAUUUUGCGAUUCCUUGGAGUAAUAUGCCUUCAGCUGUCAAAACAAAACUUGAAAAACAGGAGCGACCAUCUGCAAGAGAAAGGAGGGAGAUUGUUCGGCUAAUUGUAGAUGAAAUCCUAAGCGUGUGCAAAAAACCAAGAAAGAAGCAUUUGGCUGAGGUAGCUCGGAGGAUGGUUCUGAAAUAUCCGAAGAGUUUUAAAGAUAUUGUUGCUCGGCAAACCAUUGGAAGUGGGUACGAUUCGUUAACUAAGCAGUUCCAGUGCAGAGUUGAUAACCUGAAGCGAGAGGGUGUGACUUUUCAGCAGAAGCGGCCUCAAAGAGAAUCCCUGGAGACAGAUGAAGGUGAUGAGCCCAAAACCAAGAAAAUCGCUCGAGAUUCUUAUGGCUGCAUUAACUGGCUACCUUGUUCUCUACCAGCAAGUGAGACCUCAGAAACCCAAAAGCAGAAACAGCAGCAACUGGUAAAUAUGCAUAAGGAGAAAGAGAAAGACCAAAACAAAAUUGAAAAGAUCAUGAAUGCAACUUUCUGCACACAGAGGAAGGACAUAAUCACAGGAACUGACACAAGUGAACUGAUGAAGAUGUGGCCAUAUCUGUUUGAAAUGUGUGGUGCAAAGGCACACUUUCUCAAACUUACUGGAGUCAGCUUGAAUUCUGAUUUUGAUGUGGCAAUGACCAAAAAGUGCAGAAGAAUACAGGAUUAUUUCCAGUCACUUCCACGUGACAGACGGAAUAAAAUCACAAAGAUUCUGUGUGACAUCAAAGAGGCAAGCACAUCCUGUGCGAUUGCAGGCACGGUUCAGAUUCUUCUGGCUUACUUCAAUGAAGCUGAAGAUAAGAUAAUUGUGAAAGUGGAGGACACUUGUCUUCCACGCGAGGUGACCGAUGAGCAGCUUCCAGCAAGACCCUGCAUUGUGGUUUGUGGAACUAAUGCAUUGACGGCAAACCGGUUCAUGGUGUCAAUUGACAAAGUUAUUGUCAACAAAUGUCUGUCAUCGUUUGCUGAUGCCCUGGUGCUGUUGUUUACCUGCUACUAUGCACUGAACAUCAAUUAUCCAGUGGAAGCGUGUGUCACUUUGGAGUUUCUUCAAAGGUACAUUUUCAAGAUCAAUCCGGACAAAGGCACCAAAGUGGACAGGAAGCAGUCCAAGAAGCAAUAUGCCGUCAACCCAAAGGUCCUUUCACUGAUAACUAACAUCGCUGACUUUGAGUUGAGGGAGUAACCUGAGCUUCUAUCUGGAGUUCUUCUACUAAUUUAUUAAUGUUUAUUAUGUUCACAUUUAUUAAAAUUUUGUAAAGCAUAGAAUUGCAGAAAAAAGAACUUUUGUACAUUUCCUUUUGUAUUUAUCAAGGUAAUAAUAUAAAGAAAAGUCUUUAACCUAUUUUUUGUUAUUUUUACUUAUGCAAGUUUUAUUUUAUUAUGUUUAUUUGCAUGUUUAAAGUGCAGCACAUGCUGGUAGUUUUUUAGUUUAGUCAAUGCAUGCUAAGUGCCUUUUUGUAACAUUUUGGCAGAUGUUUAAAUUAUGAAAAAGCAAAAUAAAACUGCUUGCAUAAUC